AUGGAAUCAAAAAAUAAUUUAUAUGACGAGUUUGGGAAUUAUAUAGGAGAAGAUAUAGAUAGUGAUGAAGAGGAAUACUCAGAUGAAGUUGAUGAAUCCAAAGAUGGGGAUAGUGAAGAUAGAAGUGAUGAGUCAAAUAGUAAUGUAGAAAGUAAAGAGGAGGAAGAAGAAGAUGAUUAUGAUUUAAGUGGUAAUAAGGAUAAUAAAAUGGAUGAAAAUGAUAUCGAUGAAUUAAAAAAAAUAUAUGAUGGUGCUGAAGUUUUUAUUGAAGAAGAAGAUACACAAGAUAUUGAGCAAGCAACUAUAAAUAAAAUAAAUGCAAAUGUCGAAAGAAUAAGUUUUAUAAAAAAAUUAGAUGUAGAAGCAAAUAGAAAAAAUUUUGAUUUAGUAGAAACAUCAAUACCAAAUAAUAAUUUUAGUUUUAAAUAUCUUUCUGAAUUAAUGGCACAUACAAAUUUUAUUAGAAACAUAUGUAUUGCAGGUCAUUUUCAUCAUGGUAAAACUACUUUAGUAGAUAGAUUAAUUGAACAUACUCGAGAAAAAACAAAAGGGGAUUCAUAUUUUAUAAAUAAGAGUGCUGGAGGAAAUAAUAAUAAUGGAAGUAGUACUGUUAGUUUUUUCAAAUUAAGUGAUGAAUUUGAUGAGGUUAUAAAAAAAAAUAUAAAUAAAAAUGAAAAAAAUACAAUAACUCCAUAUAAUAGUAAAAAAAUGAAUGCCUUAACUAGUUACACAGAUACAAGAUUAGAUGAACAAGCUAGAGGGUUAUCAAUAAAAUCUAUACCUAUAUCAUUAAUUUUUCAAAAUAAGGUUUAUGAGAAUAUUCCUAAUAAUAUAUUGUUAGAUAAAAAACCCGAAAAUCUUAAAUAUAAAUCUUAUUUAUUUAAUAUAAUAGAUACACCUGGACAUGUAAAUUUUUUGGAUGAAUUUUUAUGCUCCCUUAAUAUUUGUGAAUGUUGUUGUUUGGUUGUUGAUGUAGUAGAUGGGUGUAUGUAUGUAACUGAAAAUGUGAUAAAAGCAUGUAUAUAUGAAAAUGUAAAAAUAAUAUUAGUAUUAAAUUGUAUAGAUAAAUUAAUAAUGGAUUUAAGAUUACCUCCAAAUGAUGCAUACCAUAAAAUAAGUUAUACAAUUGAAGAAAUAAAUAUGAAAAUCGAAACUAUAUGUAAUUUAUUAAAUAAAACGGAAGAAGAAAAAAAUAGUUGGAUAUUAUCACCACUAAAGAAUAAUGUAUUGUUUAGUUCAAGUUUAUAUGGUAUAUUUUUUAGUUUAAAAUCAUUUAGUAAAAUUUAUUGUGAUUUACAUAAUUCAUAUAAUAUAAAUAUUGAUGAAUUUUCUAAAUAUUUAUGGGGUGAUAUAUAUUAUGAUGAAGAAAAAUUUAAAUUUGUACAAUCUCCUGUUUAUUCAAAUCAGAAAAGAAGUUUUGUUGAAUUUAUUCUUUUCCCUAUUUACAAAAUAUUUGGUUAUGUAACAUCAGAAGAAAAAGAUUUCCUAAUACCCUUUUUAAAAAAAUUAAAUGUAACUUUAAAAAAAACAGAUUAUUUAUUUAAUAAUAAAUAUUUAUUAAAAAAAAUAUGUACAAUGAUUUUUGAAGAUACUACAGCAUUUGUAGAUGUAGUAAUAGAUAAUUGUCCAUCUCCUUUAGAGAAUGCAAAAAAUAAAACUUUAAGUAUAUAUUCUGGGUCACUAAAAACGAAAAUAUGUUAUGAUAUGAUGAGAUGUUUAAAGGGAGAUCAAACAGAUAACUUGAUGGUUUAUAUAAUAAAAAAUUAUCAUAGGCCAGAAUGUUUAGUGUUAGAUUUAUUUGGUAGGGUUAUGUGUGGUACUUUAAAAAAAGGACAAACUGUUCGAAUAUUAGGGGAAGGAUAUACUUUAGAUGAUGAUGAAGAUAUGAUAUCUCGAGUGAUUACUCAUUUAUGGAUAUACGAAGGAAGAUACAGAAUAGAAGUAGAUGAAGUUCCUGCUGGAAAUUUUGUUUUAAUAGGUGGUAUUGAUAUAUGUGUAAAUAAAACAUGUACAAUAACAAAUAUGAAGAGAAAAGGAAAUAAGAAAAAAGGAAUUUUUGAAAAAAAAAAUUAUAAUAAUACUGAUUUAGGUAUCAUGAGAAAUGGGUUAAAUGAUGAAAAACUAUUUUUUAACGAUGAUGAAGAUGCAGAAAUAUUUUAUCCAUUUAAUAAAAAGUUUAGAUAUAUAAUUUGUGCAAAUUCUGUUUUUAAAGUUGCAUGUGAGCCUAUAAAUCCAUCGGAAUUACCAAAAAUGUUAGAUGGAUUAAGAAAAAUUGAUAAAACAUAUCCAUUGGCAUCAACAAAAGUGGAAGAAUCUGGAGAACAUAUAGUCCUAGGAACAGGAGAAUUAUAUCUUGAUUGUGUUUUACAUGAUUUAAGAAAAUUAUAUGGUGAUUUAGAAAUAAAGGUUUCAGAUCCAGUUGUUCAAUUUAAUGAGACAAUUACUGAAGCAUCAGCUUUAAAUUGUUUUGCUGAAACUCCAAAUAAAAAAAAUAAAAUAUAUAUGAUUUCUGAGCCAAUACAAAAAGAAUUAAUGGAUGACAUAGUUCAAGGGCUUGUACAUUUAAAGAAAACUGAUAAUAGCAACAUAGAUGAAUAUUUACAUACUAUGGAUAAAUUAUUAAUGAAGAGGGGAGAUAAAAGGGCAGACCUAUUGGAAAAUGAUGAGAAUUCGAAAAACUCGGAUGACGAGAAUAAUGAAAAUAGUGAUGAUGGUAGUAAUAAAGAAGUAGAAAAAGAUGUAAAAUUAGAUGACGAUACAGAAAAAAGGAAAAGCACAUUAAACUAUAAUAUAGAUCAAGAUGUUAUAUCCUUAUUAACAAAUAAACAUAAUUGGGAUAUAUUAUCUAUAAGAUCUAUUUGGGAAUUUGGUCCUGAAAAUAAUAGUCCAAACAUUUUAAUGGAUGAAUCAUUAUAUAAUGAAACAAAUAAAGAUAAUUUAUAUUCAAUAAAAAAUAAUAUAAUACAAGGAUUUUGUUGGGCUACUAAAGAAGGGCCAUUAAUAGAAGAAAACAUGAAAAAUGUUAAGGUGAAAAUAUUAAGGGCAGAUAUUGAUGAUGAUCCAAUUAAUAGGGGAGCUGGUCAAAUUAUUCCAACAACAAGAAGAGCAAUUUAUUCUUCAUUUUUAUUAGCUACACCUAGAUUAUUAGAACCCAUUUUAUUUACAGAAAUAAUAUGUUCAGGUGAUUCUGUUUCUUCAGUAUAUAAUGUUUUAUCAAGAAGAAGAGGGCAUGUAUUAAAAGAUUUCCCAAAAGUAGGAACACCAUUAUAUAUGGUGCAUGCAUAUAUACCUGCUAUAGAAUCAUUUGGGUUUGAAACAGAUUUAAGAACCCAUACCAGUGGACAAGCAUUUUGUUUAAGUAUGUUUGAUCAUUGGCAUAUUGUACCUGGAGACCCAUUGGAUAAAUCAGUUAUCUUAAGACCCUUAGAACCAUCACCUAUUCAACAUUUAGCCAGAGAGUUUUUGUUAAAAACUAGACGAAGAAAAGGGCUUACAGAAGAUGUAACGAUUAAUAGAUUUUUUGAUGAUCCGAUGUUAUUAAAUAUAAAAGGAGAAUUUUCCGAAUAUUUCUAA